AACCAAACUCCCUAGUAUUUGGCGCCAUUGUUGUUGUGCUGUCACUUUCGGUUUUUUGCGUUCGAGCCGGAUUUAUCCAAAUUUCCCGUGUUUUUCCACGUUUCGUGUCACGAUGGCCGAGAGUUUAGAUACCAGCAAUGUGAGUGAUCAAAAUGCCGAAGAUUCGGAAGUCGUAACACUGACUUUAAACGAUGUUUUGGAACUUGAAGAUGAAUUGAUCCAAGACGCAGCUGCGGUCUUGGGAGCUUCCAACGACAAAACAUGUUCAUACAAUGAUGGCUAUCUUAAGCGACAGGCGCUGUAUUCUUGCCUGACUUGCAUCCCUGAAGCCAGGAACGACCCCGAAAAGGGUGCAGGGAUUUGUCUCGCUUGUAGUUAUCAUUGUCACGACGGUCACGAACUUGUCGAAUUGUACACGAAACGUAAUUUUCGAUGCGAUUGUGGGAACAAAAAAUUCAACGGGGCUAAAUGUAAUUUAUGCAGUGAGAAGGAGGAUUAUAAUGAGUUGAAUAAGUACAACCAGAACUUUGGGGGGAUUUAUUGCAUUUGUCACCGCCCUUAUCCCGAUUCAGAGGACCCUUUACCCGAUGAAAUGAUCCAAUGCAUCAUUUGUGAGGACUGGUAUCACUCCAGACACCUUGGAGUUGAAAUUCCAAGUGGCCCUUUUGCCGAAAUGAUUUGUGGUUCAUGUGUUGGCAAACAUGAAUUUCUUUUACACUAUGAUACCGUGGAAGUAACCGUUAGUGAGGAAAAGCAAUGCAAAAAGCCUGAAACUAAAUCUGAAAAUGUUGGGGCUAAAUUCUGGCCUGAUAUUUCAUGGAGGAAUGAUUUGUGUACCUGUGAUGAUUGUUUAGAAAUGUACAAGAAGGAAAAUGUUUCGUUUUUGAUCGAUUCGGAAGAUCCGGUACAUCUCUAUGAAGAAAAAGGCAAAGCUAAGACCAAAGAAGUGGUAGAAACGCAUAAUAGAAAUUUUAUGAAUUCUUUGGACAGAGUACAGUUGGUUGAAGCCAUAGCUGGCUAUAAUGAUCUGAAGGAGAAUCUCGCCGAAUAUUUGAAAAAAUUCGCUGAGAAUAAAAAAGUUGUCAAAGAGGACGACAUCAGGGAAUUUUUUGAUGGUAUGAUGGCCAGGAAGAAACAGAAAGUGUCCGUACCACAUUUCUGUCAUUAAAAAUUAUCAGUAUUGCUUUUGUUGUAGGAAAUAAAUGGGGGUCAAAGUAUUUUUUUAUUACAUGUAUUUCGAAUGUAGUCAACAAGUAAUAAAGUAAAUGUAAAAA